GAGAAAGCAGCAUCGCGAAGCUGUCCUCUUGAUGCGCCUAUUUCCACUCCUUUAGUUGCCCAGUGUGGACCCUCGUGAAUGUUCAAUCUCCUUCCUUUGACAAGUUAUUCCUGCACAUCUCUUUAGUCCUGUGCUUCAAAUACCUUCCAGAAUCGAGCUGGGUUCUCGAGCCUUUCUAGGGAUAAUUCAAGGAAAUAUUGGAUCAUCUUCAUCCAAAGCAGAAAGUCACCCAAAGGAAUCCUCUCACGUCUUGCGCAUUGCGCCUGAGCGCCGAGGAACAAGCCAACUAACGCAAUGGCACCAAAGUCGAGAUUCACCAGGCUUGAUGCCUUCACAAAGACGGUCGAAGAUGCCCGCAUCAGGACAACUUCGGGUGGAAUCAUCACCAUCGUCUCAAUGAUUGUGGUCCUGUAUCUGGCCUGGGGAGAAUGGCAAGACUACCGCAGGAUAGACAUACACCCGGAGCUGAUUGUUGACAAGAGCAGAGGUGACCGCAUGGAAAUCCACCUCAACAUAACUUUCCCCCGCGUGCCCUGCGAGCUCCUGACCCUUGAUGUCAUGGACGUCUCGGGCGAGCAACAACACGGCGUGCAGCACGGUGUCGUCAAGAUCCGCCUCCGACCCCAGUCCGAAGGCGGCGGUGUCAUCGACGCCAAGACCCUGGCCCUCCACGCCGACGACGAGGCUGCUACGCAUCUGGACCCCAACUACUGCGGCGGCUGCUACGGUGCCCCGGCCCCGGCCAACGCUAAGAAGGCCGGCUGCUGUAACACGUGUGACGAGGUGCGCGAGGCGUAUGCCCAGGCAUCGUGGGCCUUUGGCCGGGGCGAGAACGUCGAGCAGUGCACGCGCGAGCACUACGCCGAGCGCCUGGACGAGCAGCGCCACGAGGGCUGCCAGAUCGCCGGCAGCCUGCGCGUCAACAAGGUCGUCGGCAACUUCCACCUCGCCCCCGGUCGCAGCUUCAGCAAUGGCAACAUGCACGUCCACGACCUCAAGAACUACUGGGACACUCCCGUCGAUGGCGGCCACUCGUUCAGUCACACCAUCCACUCGCUGCGUUUCGGUCCCCAGCUGCCGCAAGCCGCCAUCGAAAAGCUCGGCAACAAGGACAUGCCCUGGGCUAACCACCACAUCAACCCGCUCGACGGUAUUGUACAGACCACCACGGACCCCAACUUCAACUACAUGUACUUUGUCAAAAUCGUUCCCACCUCGUACCUGCCGCUUGGCUGGGAGAAGAGGUCCCACCUGGCCACCAUGCAGGACCACGGUGUUGGUACCUACGGCUACUCGGGCGAUGGCAGCGUCGAGACGCACCAGUACUCGGUCACUAGCCACAAGAGGAGUCUGGCGGGUGGUGAUGACGCCGAAGAUGGCCACAAGGAGCGUCUGCACUCCAGGGGUGGCAUUCCGGGUGUAUUCUUCUCAUAUGAUAUCUCGCCGAUGAAGGUCAUUAACCGCGAAGUCCGCACAAAGACCUUUGCGGGCUUCUUGACCGGUCUGUGUGCCAUUCUCGGUGGUACCUUGACAGUCGCAGCCGCCAUUGAUCGUAUGACGUUCGAGGGUGUCACAAGGAUCAAGAAGAUGCAGUCCAAGAACUUGUAGAAAAUCUACGAGACCGAAAAACUUCUCGUGUGUGAUAAAAGGAGAGAGAAGGAUUGAAAUGCCUGAGGAAGAUAAAGCUAUCAUAUCACGAGUUGGGUUUGCAUUUUGGAGGUUUCAUCGUGACUUGCUUUUCCCCCACUCCUGUGCUUCCAAUCUUUCUGUUGCAUGGUUUUAGGCGUUAUAUCUGUUUGUUUUAUGGUUAUUUUCUUUCACCUAUUGAUUUUCGUGUUUGCUUGAUUUGCUGCGUUUGGUUAUCUAAGAGGCUGUGAAAACUAUCGCGGCAUAUACUUUAUACUAGACCAUGUAUACAUUCAGAUCGUCAGAAGAGAAAACUCUUUAUCCUAAAAGUAUCAG